CUCUCUAUAUUUGGAGAUCCCGGAAACCAGAGCCACCUCUCUCUUUUAUGACUGACACAUAGGAAUUGAGCAGCAGCAGCCUGUGUGUGUGUGAUUGCUCAGCCUUUCUCCUUCAUCUUUUUUUUUCUGCAUCAGUCUUUUUCUUUUGCAAUUAUAUUACUGGGUUCCAGUGGAUCUGUGUCACCCUCAACACAAGGAAGCAGGUUUCUAUGGUGACCUCUUAGACUUCAACAUAUCUUUCACACAACCUCAAGGCCUUUAAACUUCAAGAGCAAGAUGGACUACUAGUACUCAGUGAAGAUGGCAGAUGUACAAGGAUUGAUGGACAGACUAGAGAAUGCUGUCCUUCGUCUUGAAGCAGCCCUGUCAAAGUCUUACCCCUCUACCUUAACAGACAGUAACAUCGUUAAUGGGAUCAAUGGAGAUGUAGCUCCAUUUGUGGAAGCUUUUGAUGCUCUGCUAAAAGGGCCCUUGGAAGAAUAUCUAAAGAAUAGCAAGGUCCUUGGUGGUGAUGUAGAGACACAUGCCUCGCUUGUGGAAAAAGCCUUCAAGGCAGAAAGAGCUUUCUUGCUUUAUGCAGCCCAGCAUCAGAAACCUCCAAAGGCUGAAGAAACCUUGAUCUUGAAGCCCAUAUCUGAAAGAAUCCUUGAAAUCCAGACAUUUAGAGAGAAGAAUCGAGGAAGCAAAAUGUUUAACCACCUUUCAGCUAUCAGUGAAAGUAUUCCGGCCCUUGGAUGGAUUGCAAUGGCCCCCAAACCAGGUCCCUAUGUCAAGGAGAUGGCUGAUGCUGCCACCUUUUAUACCAACCGGGUAUUAAAAGAUUAUAAAACCACUGAUGCUCACCAUGUGGAUUGGGUCAAGUCGUACUUAACCAUUUGGAGUGAGCUGCAAGCAUAUAUCAAGGAAUAUCAUACUACGGGUAUUUCAUGGGGUAAUACGGUACUUUCAACACCACCGGCUGUUGAAGGAGACCCACAAGUGCAAAAUACAUCAUCUGGAUCAUGUCAUCCACCACCACCUCCUCCUCCUCCACCUCCAUGCUUUCCACCAAUGCUAGACUCUCAGGCUUCCAAGUCGAAAGACGAUGCCUCUCAAGAUCGUUCUGCCUUGUUUGCCCAGCUCAAUCAAGGAGAACAAAUAACAAAAGGUCUUAAACAUGUUACUGAUGAUGAGAAAACACAUAAGAAUCCUAAACUACGUGGUCAAGGAGGACAAAACCGAUCACCAUCAAAACGUCACACUCCAAGCCCCACUUCUCCAAAACCUCUUCCUCAUCAGACCUAUUGCCCUCUGCUGGAGCUGGAAGGAAAGAAGUGGCGAGUGGAAUUCCAGGAGGGAGUGAAUGACCUUGUGAUCUCUGAGACUGAGUUGAAGCAAGUUGCUUACAUUUUUAAGUGCAAGAAGACAACACUGCAGAUAAAAGGAAAAAUAAAUUCAAUCAUAAUAGACAACUGCACAAAGCUCGGCCUUGUUUUUGAUGAUGUUGUCGGAAUUGUAGAAGUUAUUAAUUCAAAAGAUGUUCAGAUCCAGGUUAUGGGAAAAGUGCCCACCAUUUCAAUCAACAAGACCGAUGGCUGUCAUGUAUACCUGAGUGAAAAUUCAAUAGACUGCGAGAUUGUGAGCGCCAAAUCAUCCGAGAUGAACAUCCUUGUCCCACAAGAUGGAGAUUAUAAAGAAUUUCCUGUUCCUGAACAGUUUAAGACAUCAUGGGAUGGAUCCAAGCUGGUCACUGAACCAGCAGAAAUGAUGGGCUAAUCUGAUACUGUAUUUUUUUUAUAUGUGUGCCAGCCCCCCUGGUUGCUUUUAACUCCCUCUUGCCUGAAUUUCUUAAAGUGGAAUAUGCUCUGUGAUCAAGAAUAGAAAUUACACUGAAUUGUGGUCAUGGGCAUUUUUUACAGCAUCAGACCCUGAAA